GUUUGGGAGUUUGGUCAACUUUAUGAUGGACAUAUGUAACAAACAGUAGUAUAUGUUCUGAUUUUAGUAUCCUAAUUACAGCCAUUACUGUAAAAUAACCUUCAAUAAUAUUAUUGGCUUGUGAGGCAGAAAAAUCAGAAAAAUAGACCAAAUCAAGCAAGUGUUUGGCUUCAGCCUACUACAUGUUUGUGAUAAACACCACCCCCCCAUACCCAUUCCCAUUGUGAAGAUGAAAGGAAGAGGAAGACGCCAGUGUAAAUUCAGAAACGUCGUGUUCACUGUUCAUAUUUCAGCCUUCCUGUUUUCCAUACUUGCAGAAGAGUGCACUGCUUCUUGUCCACACACACACACACACAUACUUAACUGCUGUCUGCUGCUUCUCUGUGGAUUAUCUUCCUUUUUAUUAUUGUUGAUCUGUGAUGUGCCUUUUUAAAGCUUUUUAGAGAGUUGUGAUGGUGGAAUAGGACGGUCAUGAGGUGUAGGAGAAAAAGGAGCCACAGGUAUCGGAAUGCCACAGGCUGUUUCACUGCUGUCCUUCCUUCUAGUGCUCAUUGGAUAUGCUUUUGCAGGGCUCAAUAUCUGGCCCUCCUUGCAUGCUGCCCUAAGCAACAGCAGUGUAUUUGUGGAAUUCAACAUAAAAUCCAACAGCAGCACCAUCCAGAACAGGAGUCUCUCUCUGGUUAACACAGAAACCAACACCACUGUUCUGACCAGGACUCUCCACAAUAAUCAAGCAGCCGGUAGGGUGGAGUUCAACUGUUCCUGCUUCCUGUACGCAGGAACUUUCCGGUUCCUGCUGAGACAAACCAGCAUCACCAUCGUUUUCCCUGCUAAUAGCACAGAGGGCAGAAGCAUAGAGAGCACUACCUGGUGGUGGAGCUCUGAACUACAAGUCCAGUGGCCUACCUUUCAUAUUGCUGUGGAUAGAGCUGGGAACCAAUCGGGAUCCUUUCAGGUUGGGAUAUCCACAAAUGAACACUUUCAAGCCUGCUCCAGCGGCAUUGACUCUGCUCUCUCGCUGGAAGUAAGCCACAUGGAAUACAAUCAGAUAGGCCGUAACAACAUCAACAAGAUCCGAGCCCUGACACGAAUCCCAGUCAAACCCCUCCGUUCUCAGAGUGUCGAACUCUCCUGUGCCUUCCCGUUCACAGACAGAGACUUCAUAAGAGUUGCUCUACGGUCCCCUCAUGUAGCACAGGAGGUGAAGAGCUCUGGACCCCUCUACCUGUCCCGUAUCUUCUCCUAUAAGCUCUUGGUGGAAAAUACCAAUGCUUACAAGAGUGGUUGUGAGGGGACGAUGAUUGUUAAAAUGAUAAGCCCACCCUGUGCUCACAUCAAUGGGAAAGUACUGCUGUAUAGUGAUGCGGGUGUUGGAAGAGGCGUUGCUGUUUCAUCUGCAGUGAUGGGCUUCGGUGCAGAGGAGCCCACUUCUCCUCCACUGGCCUUUAACUGGCUAACUCAGGGAGAGAAUGAAACAGAAUUUAACUGUUCCGUGUUUUACCCAGGAAAGAAUAAGUACUGUUUUCGCUUUGUUUUCAACUACAGCCGCUCACCUAGUCCAGCACAGACUUGUCUGGUGGUUUACAAAAGUGCAGAGUCAUGGGGGCCCUGGCAGCCGUGGAGUAUGUGCAGCGUGAGCUGCGGAGAAGGGGUGAGGGAACGGGUGCGUGAGUGUUUGCUGCCCUCAGGUGUGCGAGGGUUGCAGUGCACUGGCAUGGUGAAAGAACAGUCCCUCUGCUCACUAGAGGACUGUGUUGUGGUACCUACUCCUUCUCCAUCCCUCUCCCCUGUACCGGUUGGAGUUGCACCCUUGGGCGGUAACAUGGUUGUGGUAGUCGGUAUCUCCCUUUGCCUGGCUGUGAUUAUGGCUACUGUUGUGGUGACUGUGUGGAGAAAGUUCUGCCAGACCCCUCAGUGCAGCUCUGUCCGGAGAAGCUCCAUGCAUUCCCCUGGAGGGCGCAAACUCUCAGAUGAGGCCUCCAUCUGUGGGCACAGCCUCCAAAGACCCAGCUUGUCUGAUGUUCACGGCCCUUCAGGGGACAUGGGUGUGGGUGCAACCCAGAAAGAUAGGCCUUUCUUGGGAAGUCAACCUCUCUCACAGACCGUGGUGAUACCACUCCCACAGGAAAGGCUGUCUCCCACAGGCCAGAAGGUGUUUCCACCAAUAUUUGGGUACCGGUUGGCUCAGCAACAGCUGAAAGAGAUGAAGAAGAAGGGGUUAAAGGAGGCCACACAGCUGUACCAUGUUUCUUCCAGCCCUGUCCAUGACACCGUCCUAGACGCAUCUGCUUCACCCACCAUCUCCCCCAUUCCUACACCAAUUGGAUUUGCUCAUUCUGCCUCCCCUUUAGGGCUACAGGACGAGUCUAAGCACAAGAAUUUUCACAUUGCAGCUGCCUUUUCUGAACUGCCACCGCAGACUUCUAGGGUCACACCGGACAGACUGAGUCCUAGAGUGGAAUUGAUCCUAGGCCCUCCUGUUGCUGCUCAUGCUAGUCGGGGCAGUUCCAAGUGGCAUGACCGCACUGCUGACUGGGUAGAGAUGGUAGAAAGGAGUGGGCUAGCAGGUCUCAGAGAAGGAGGACAUGCAGCAAUGGGAAACUCUUAUCAUAAGAAUCCGAAUUUUCGCAGGACUUCCAGUUUUAAUGAUGCCAAACUCCAGCUACCAUCCUCUGCACAGUCCAGACAGUUCAGAGAAAGGAGCCUGACCCAGGUGGGAUCUCGGACUCUUCCUGAAGGAAGUUGUUGGAGCAAAGGAGGAUGGGAGAGACAGCCAUACCGCUCCUACCCAAUUCCAGAGCAUGGGGCUUCAGAGUGGGCUAAAUCCAACCUCCAAAAAAAUGACCAGAGGAAGCCCUGGAUAGAGAAACCAGUUCUUUCACACAUUAAUGAAAUUAAGCAUGCAGGAACCAACACAAACACAAUUUCAGCAUCUGAGACACAGGCUAAAUCAGACUUUCAUGGCACUGGGGAGAGGAGAAAGAGCAGUGAGCCGGUCUCAGGGAUCGGGGGUCCCACCAUAGUGCCUGUCAGUCCUCAGGGAGUGAACCAGCUGAGUCUGGAUCGGGCUGAGCAGAACUGGAACCGUCGUGGCCCUUCACCAAUCCAGAGGAACAUCCUGGCUCGGAAAUUAAAGGAGGCUCAGUCCUACUCUGGGGUCAAGGGGCGCAAGCGCAGCUCCAGCUUUACUGCGUCAUCCUCAGAGCAGAGGACAGGUCGCUGCCACUCUCUGCCUGUGACUGAAGAGUACAGCAGCAGCGGCGGUUCUCCCUACAAGCUGAGUGAGGCAGAACAAAAGAUGCUGGAUCUGGAUCUGUCCGCAUCUUAUGUAUGGGAAGAAGAGUAGGUCACAAACUGAGAAGAACUGCCACUGCCAAUUACAUUUCUUCUUAAUCCCCACCCUAAACCCCUCUACCCAAUAUCUUACAUGUUACAGAUUUAUUUUAGACACUUUUCUUUUGCAUUUCUUAAUGGUUUGUUUUUUUUUUAAUAUUUUUAAUGUUAUUACUGGCCUUGUAAAUUGGCAAAUUUUUGUGUGGUUCAGUGUAUGCCUGUGUUCACAUUUCUCCUCUGUACUUCAAUAACUGGUACAAUAGAACUGUCACAUUUAAUGUGACCUUGUACCUAUUUCUAAAUGCAUUGUUAAAAUCAAGCCCGAUCACUGACAGCAUUCAAAACACUACAGGUGAUGGUCUAGUGUUAUUGUUCUUCAUUGCUGUAUGUGUUUCCUUUUUGAUGCGGUCACUAGUUACACCGGGUGUUUAAUGUGUGAUCUAAAAAGUGUCAAAUAUUUAAUGAAAAUUACACAAGCUGGAGCAAUUGUAUCAAUUGUAACAAUGCUCGAGAACAAUCAAAUGAACAUGAGAGAGACAUUAUGGUUGAAAUGCUGUUUGUUUUAAUGUUUGAUUAAUAUACACUUUAUAGAAAUAAAUGCUUACUGGAAAGUAGGCAUAUUUGAUAAAUUGACACAAAAAAAAGCAAAGGAAGAAAUUAAAACAUCAAGAAU